UCGGCGCAGGUUUUUGAUUUAGCACAGACACUUAGAGAUGGGGUCCUCCUGUGCCAGCUGCUGAAUAAUCCCAGACCCGACACCAUUAACCUGAGAGAGAUCAAUCUCAGACCAAAGAUGUCACAGUUCCUCUGCCUGAAGAAUAUCCGUACAUUCCUGUCUGCUUGUUGUGAUGCAUUUUGGAUGAAGAAGAGUGAAAUGUUUGAAGCCUUUGAUCUCUUCGAUGUCCGUGAUUUUGGAAAGGUCAGCGACACCCUAUCCAAACUCUCAUAUACCCCAAUUGCACAAGAGGCAGGGAUUAGGGCAUUCCCCACCGAAGAAAGCACUGAAAAUUAAGACAUAUACAUCCAGUUGGCGAUCUCAUUGAGUAAUGAGGAGCUGGGGGAGGAUAUUUAUGACCCUGUGUAUGGAGAAGAGGGAGUUGAGGUCUAUGAGGAUCUAAUGAGGACAGAUGCUGCUGCAUCUCAGAAGAAAUAGGCCGAGGUGGACAUCAGAAGCUGCUGCCUCUCAGAGAUCAAACAGACAGAAGCCAAAUACACAGAGACCCUGGAGACCAUAGAGAAGUACUUUAUGAUUCCACUGAUGAAAUUCAUCCCAGCAACAGAUAUUGACAAAGUUUUUAUCAAUAUACCAGACCUGGUUAAAGUUCACAAAAGCCUGAUGGUCGAGAUUCAAGACUCUGUUCAAAAUAAAAAUGCAGAAAACCUCCACCAGAUCUUCAUUGUUUACAAAGACAGGCUUCUUCUGUAUGGAAAAUACUGCAGUCAUGUUGAAACAGCCAUUUCACAGUUAGAUUUCAUCUGUAAGGAGAAAGAGGGUGUUCGACUGAAAUUGGAGGAAUGUUUAAAGAGAGCCAACAAUGGGAAAUUCACUUUGAGAGACUUGUUAGUGGUUCCUAUGCAGCGAGUGCUGAAAUACCCGCUACUGUUACAGGAAUUGAUCAAAUAUACAAGCGACACCACAGAAAAAAGCAACCUACGAGUAGCCCUUGAUGCCAUGAGGGACAUAGCCCAGUAUGUAAAUGAGGUGAAAAGAGAUGUUGAGACUCUAAGAGAGACUGAUCAGUAUCAGAGAUCAAUUGAGAAUUUUAGACAGUCUUUGCUUUCUUAUGGAAGACCAAAGGGUGAUGGUGAAGUCCGUUUGGUUUCAAAUGUGGACAAGCGCAGACAGGACAGGCAUAUUUUUUUGUUCGAUGUUGCUGUAAUUGUCUGCAAGCGGCGUGGGGACAAAUAUGAGAUGAAGGACGUGAUCAACCUCAAUAAAUUUAAGAUCACUAAUAACCCCACCACUGACAAGAACUGCAGAAAGAUUAGAGUGAAUGUGAAUGUGAAAGUUCCCAAAACACACUGUCAUAAUAUUUUUUACAAUAUUCUUUUGUUCCUAUGGAGUCAAGAAAGGUUCAGAAGUUGCCUGGGAGGUCAAAGAAUCAAAAGAUCCAAUAUUCGGCCAGCGAACGCCACCUUUAACUCUCAUCAGUUUAGGAUGCACACUUUUGAGAGGGCCACCACCUGCAGCUCCUGUCAUAUGCUUCUCAGGGGAAUUUUCAACCAAGGCUACCUGUGUUCUAAAUGUGGGAUAGGGGCUCAUAAGGGCUGUCUUGGAAGACUAGGAGUCUGUGGAGGAGCAGCAAGACUGCCAUGUCUGAGAGAUGGACAGACGUUUUUCGUGAGCUGGAGAGCAAGACCAUCAACUUCGGAGUCUUUCCAAGGUCGUGGAGUUUGUUUUAUGCCUGCCUGGGACAUCUGCAUUUGUGGAGUGUGUGCAUUAAUGAACACAGCAUGGUGGCAGGGCAAAAUCCUGAUGACGCAAGAGACUGGCUUCUUUCCAAGUGAUGCAGUCAAGCCCUGCCCAUGUGUUCCCAGAACAGUCAACUAUUCAUCCCAGCCCUGGUUUGCUGGGCCCAUGGAAAGGCAUCACGCUGAGGCUGCGCUCAUUGAGGGAAAGAACAGCACCUACCUGGUGAGAUACAGGAGCCGUGAGAGCAGAGAGUACGCUAUCAGUAUCAAAAAUCUUCAUAAUACCAUGGGUCUAGUGGAGUACUUCAAGCAGCACUCUCUAAAGGAGGGUUUUUACAGUCUGGACACUACUCUGCAGGUGCCCUAUAAAGAGCUCACUGGUGGAGUCAUGUACAGAGGUGCUGGAACAGUAUCGUUUGUGAGUGCUGCAAAUGACCUCAGACAUCUCAGCUCAGGAGGUGCUUUGAGUUCAGUUUGUUUUAUUUCCACAGAGCAGUUCAUUGUGAACACAGAGGCAAGGUCUCAGCCUGGCCACCGCAAAAUCCUCAGAAUCCGCCACCGUAGACAUGGUGUCUUCGUCCUCAGCGCCAAAGGAAACUGCCGUGCGGGUCUCAGGGCUAGGACAAAAAUGCCCGUGUGUAAACUCCACAGGAGAAUGUCAAGCCGAAUCCGGGGAGAGUUACAGAGAGAACCGAAGUUCGCCUGCUGUUCAGCCCCCAUCUCCUCGCUGUCAGCUCUGGCCUCCCAUGAGUCACAUUGCCACGUGGCGCUGGCAGACACGUGGCCAGAACGAGCAUGUGGCUUGACUGAAUCCUUACCAAAGGAGGCAAGCCUUUCGCGGAGCGUCCUGAUGUUCAUCAAGUCACACUGUGGGCAAUAUGAACCCUCCAAUGUGGCCUCAGCGUGGCGAAACCCCAGACAGGAAACACACAUGUCAUGGGAAUCUUCACCGACGAUGAAUCAUGUACACGAAGUCUUAACCCUGAGAGUGGUUAGCAUUGCACUGGCACGGUACAAUUUCAGUUCCAGAGACACACGGGAAUUCUCUCUGCAGGUGGGCGACCUGGUGAAGAUCUACAUCAAGUGUACUAAUGUGUGGAAGGAGGAGGUCAAUGGCAGGGUGGGAUGGAUCCCAUCUACUUAUGUGGUAGAAGAGGAGUGA